UUAAUAAAUAAAUAAUUUCUUUCUACACCAAAGUCUGAUCAAAACUAAAGAAGAUUGGAAGAUUAGCAGAUCAACUAGCAAAAAGCGAAUUUGAAGUACAUAUACAGUAAUUUUUUAGCAAUAUCUAACAUGGAUAUUCAUCAUCAUCAUCCUUUUAUCAUCUUAAUUUUUUUGCAAUCUUUGGGAAUCGAUGACUUGGACUUGUGACAUAAUUUGUCAAAUUAAUGACAGCGGUCACGGUCAGUGAAGUAUUUUGAUAUUGAUGGAUCAAAAUCUUCGAAAUUUCUCCAGCAAGUUAGACAAAUCGUUCAUAAUUCGUAUUAAUUGCAAUAUAAAUUUUAUGAGCUAUGCGAUUGUAAGAAUAUCAUUCCAUUAAUAACUAUUUUGGCUUUGUGUAUCGAAUAAUGUGUGCAGUUGUUAUCAGUGUUUGCAAUUAAUUAAGAUGGCUACUUUAAUUCAAUCAUACGAACAACAAUAUUCAGUUUUAACUGCUGAUAUUACUGCAAAAAUUGGUCGUCUGAAAUCUGGAAGCGACGAUGACCGUGAUAAACUCUCCAGAGAGAUUCAGUCUAACUUUGAAGAAGCUAAUGACUUGCUUGAGCAAUUAGAGUUGGAAUACCGCGGCUCGGGCGCCGGGUCCCGCGUCGCUGCGUACCGGGCGGAGUUGCAGCGCGUGCGUGAAGAGUAUCGCUCCGUGUUUAAUAAUUCGGCUACAUAUAAUAUAGACCCUGACGAAUACGAAGACUGGUCGACAGUCAACGAGCAGCGACGCAAGCUGCUCGACAACACUGAACGUCUAGAGCGAACCGGCAAGAACCUCACCGAGGGCUACCGGGUGGUUCUGGAGACGGAGCAGAUCGGUGCCGCCGUGCUGCAAGACCUGCACAGCCAGCGAGAAACCAUACAGAGGUCCAGGGGAAGGUUGCGCGAGACAGACGCCACACUGUCCCGCUCCGGGCGGGUAGCACAGAGCAUGCUGGCUCGAGCGCUACAAACGCGGCUGGUGCUGGGCGCCGUGCUGGUGCUGCUGGCGCUGCUGGCCGCGCUCGGGCUCUACCUGUACGUCACCUAGCUACGCCUGCUGCUGGGGCACUGCCAGGAAUAUUUCUACCUGGAUCACAGAGUCCUAGCACAGUGGAUCUACUAUCUCUACAUGAUCUGCACCAAGAUAUUGCCCACAGGUCUAAGGAUCUUCCUGUUCGCGAAACUAGUACUUGCUAUACUACGUUUUAAGUAUAAAGUUUUGCGCGGGUAUUACUAGAACACUAUCGUUAUCUGUGCAAGUGUCAAUGUCAAAAAAAAUGUGGAAGUUUUGCGCGGGAACAAUAUUUCUUGUCUGUGGUUGACAUCGAUAUGUGACAUUAAAAUGUUAUUAAUUAUUAUCUGUGC